UAGGAAGAGGAGAGAGCGGGAGGGUAGGUAGUAGUGUGUGUGAGGCUGUCAGACAGCAUGGUCUGGGUCUGAGGACAGCACUGGAAGACGCAGCAGCAGCCUCCCAGAUCUCCAUGUAGACCAGUGUGGUGACAUCCACAGAUCACCUGGACCUGUCCACCCAUCAGCACCACCCAGGACAACACCCACCUCUUCCACAGAGGCAAGAGGAAGAAGAGGAGGAGGACGAGGGGGGUGGGUCUGUUUGUCUUAUUUUUUUUUUCUUUUCUCAGUUUUUUUGGUUUUGGGAGUAGGCUCCGGGCUGGACCGCAUGCAUGACACAACGCAAAGGCGAGAAACCCACCAUCAGCAUCCAGGAGCACAUGGCCAUUGACGUGUGCCCUGGCCCCAUCCAGCCCAUCAAGCAGAUCUCUGACUACUUCCCCCGUUACCCGCGGGGCCUUCCCCCCAUUGCGCCCCACCAAGCGGGCCACGCCGGGCCCCUGUGCCCUGCCCUCACCACCUCUUCGGCCGCUGCUUCCGCCACCGCUGCUGCCGAAAGUGACCGCCCCAAUGAGGAUAAACCAGACCGGGCUUGUGCCGGAGCCUCCGCCUCCUUACAGGCCACCAAGAGGGACGAGGAGCCCGACGUGGAGGGAUACGACUCAGAUGACUCCACUACAUUGGGGACCUUGGAAUUCAGUUUGCAGUAUGACCAGGAGAACAAUGCACUACACUGCACCAUUAACAAAGCCAAGGGGCUCAAGCCGAUGGACCACAAUGGGCUUUCCGACCCCUAUGUCAAGUUGCACCUACUGCCAGGAGCCAGCAAGGCCAAUAAACUUAGAACCAAGACCCUGCACAACACACUCAACCCUGUCUGGAGCGAGACCCUGACCUACUACGGCAUCACCGACGAGGAUAUGGUCCGCAAAACACUCAGGAUUUCAGUGUGUGAUGAGGACAAAUUCCGCCACAACGAGUUCAUCGGGGAAACGCGAAUCCCGCUCAAGAAGCUGAAGCCCAACCAAAUCAAAAACUUCAACAACUGCCUGGAAAAACAGUUACCUGUCAAUAAGACAGAAGACAAGUCCCUGGAGGAGCGAGGACGCAUCAUGAUUUCUCUGAAGUACAACACCCAGAAAUCCUGCCUGGUAGUGGGCAUCAUACGCUGUGCUCACCUCGCCGCCAUGGACGCCAACGGCUUCUCCGACCCCUACGUCAAAACGUACCUGAAGCCUGACGAGAACAAAAAGUCAAAGCACAAGACUACUGUGAAAAAGAAGACGCUCAAUCCUGAGUUCAACGAGGAGUUCUGUUACGACAUAAAAUAUGCAGACCUCACCAAAAAGACCUUGGAGGUGACCGUGUGGGACUACGACAUCGGAAAGUCCAACGAUUUCAUAGGUGGUGUUUCUCUGGGUAUCAAUGCAAACGGAGAGAGGCUCAAACACUGGUUUGACUGCCUCAAAAAUAAGGACAAGAAAAUUGAGCGCUGGCACACGUUGACCAAUGAAUUACCUGGUUCAUUAAAUGACUGAAGACCCACAUCCUGUUGGCCCCCGUUCCCCCCUGGCUGCACCAGAUAGGACUCCUGCCUUUAUUUUCCUACCCCCUCCUCUUCUUCUUCUUCUCUGGAUUUUCCUCAUGUUGGCCACAGUGACCUGUAACACCUCUUCUGGAAUAUAUUUCCUCUCAACAGGGCUCAUUUUAAAAUAUCCAAAACCUUAUGUUUGUGUUCCACAGCAUUCUCACAUAUACAAUAGGGGUUGUUUUUUGAACAAAAUGAAUCACGGGGAUUGAAGUGUUGAAUUUUAAGCUUCAUAAUUCUGACUUCUUGUACGAUCAGUGAAGAAAAAAGGAGCAAAUGCUUUCUAUUUAAUGAGAUAUGAGAUAUUUUACAGCAGCUAAACAAUUUACCAAUGAUUCACCGGUCCCUGUAACAGCACAAACAAAGCCUU